AAUAUUGCAUCACGACAUUCCACACGAGAAAAAAAUUGAGGGUGUCACACCACAUUUACUUUGGACACAGUGAGCGUAGGUUGGAGAUUGUGCCACAUAAAUAUUUGUGAAACAUUUGUGCUUGUAGGCACUGGACAGAUUUAUCAGAACCAUGGCCCAAGUGCAAAUCUUCGAUUCCUCUUUCAAACAACUAAUCGGCGAUGAAGUCAAAUUUCUGCAAAUGGUGGCAUCCGAAGCUAGAGAAACAAAAGAGGCGCCGGAGAAGUGGACCCCAAGUUCCGUAUCGGGAUUAAUUUGUUCGUACUGCAAGACCUCAUUUAAUGACGUUCAGCAGCAAAGGGAGCACUACAAAUUGGACUGGCACAGGUAUAAUCUGAAGCAAAGUUUACUGUCGCGCUCCCCUCUUACCGAAGAAGAAUUCAAUGAGAGAGCAGAUGACGUAUCCAGCAUAUCGGGUUCGGAAUCUGAGAAAGAGGAUAACUUGGAGAGUAUUGCUACCUCGCAAGGAAAAAUAUUUCUUAAAACUAGUCAAGGAGUUGUAUUUUCGAUGUAUAGGUGUUUACUUUUUGCAAAAAAGGAAGAAUUGGAUAAUAAUGUACUUCUGGAUAGGUUGCGCGAGUGUAACGUAAACAAUCAGUGGACGGUCAUUAUGCUGGGCGGAGGACAUUUUGCGGGCGCAGUUUUUCGAGGGUCUACACCGAUAUUACACAAAACUUUCCACUGUUACACAGUUCGGGCGGGUCAGGGCGGUUCUCAGAGUUCCAAAGAUAAUCGAUCGGGAUCGCAGUGCAAAAGCGCAGGGGCGUCAUUGAGGAGAUAUAAUGAAACUGCUUUAGUACAACAUGUGCACGACAUUCUUGAAACCUGGCAACAAGAAAUAGCAAACAGUGGUUUGAUAAUAUACAGAGCGACUGGAGCUUACAAUCAGUCUAUCCUGUUCAGUGGGAAGGUACCUCUACUAAACCGGUCAGAUAGUCGUCUACGAACCGUUCCAUUUUCAACAAGAAGGGCCACAUUUACAGAAGUGAAAAGGGUUCACGGUCUUUUAUCAUGUGCAACACUCUAUGAGUCAUCACAAACUUUGGAUGAUGUUUUAAAACACGAAGUAAAGGAGACCUCCCCGAAACGUAGCAAAGUGAAAAACAACAAUAUCAACCGCGCAAAAUCGCGUGAAAAUGUCGAGAGACCUCUUCCUGUAGCAUACCCGGCGUCGCGCAGUAACAGCUUGGAAAGAACUGACCAAAUCCCAUCCGAGGACAACUUGUACAUUUCUGAGCAAGAAAUAUCGACGAAAAGUCUUCUGGAAAAUUUCGACGACUCUUUGACUCUAGAGGAACGACGAAGAAAGAAACCGAAGAAAACCAAGUCCAGAAAUAAACGCCAAGCGGAGCGGGAGGCGCUUCACAAGGCAAAGGUGUACGAAUUAAUGCAACUUGGAAACAUUCCAAAUUUCGAAUUGUACCUCAAAAAUGCAAAAAUACCAGACGAUGAAAGUGAUAACAAAAGUAGUGUGAUAAAUGAAGUAAUAGACGCGCACGGCAACUCGUUGCUUCACAUAGCAGCGAUGCAUCGACAAUUCGAUUUGAUCCGUUACCUAUUAGAACACGAUGCAGAUCCCUGCUUAAGAAAUAGUAGUCAACAAACCCCAUACUCUUCCACACAAGACGGAGAUGUGCGGACAGUUUUCAAAACUUUCGCCUCCGAGUUUCCCGAGAAGUACAACUAUAACAAGGCGCAAAUUCCCAUACCCGCUGUUUUAACCGACGAACAACUGGAAAAGAGAAAGCUGGUUAAGAAGUUAAAGCGUGAAAAAGAAAAGGAAAAGAAGAAGGCGACGGUCCUGAAGAAACAAGAGGAAUGUGAAAGGGAGAGAUUCCUGCAGUUGAGCGAUCGGGAAAAGAGGGCGCUCGCUGCCGAACGUCGCAUUUUGAGCCAAGGAGGCACCGUCGUAGCGCGCUGUUUCCUGUGCGCGAGUGAUAUGUCCGGGAAAGUUCCAUUUGAAUACUCUGGUAAUAAAUUUUGUACAAUAGACUGCUUAAAGGCACAUAGACUGGCACAUCCGAUUGUGCUUUCAUAACUAUCUGUAAUUCAUGUUAAAUUAAAUGUUGUUGUCUAUUAUUAAAGCACUUAAUACAAGCAGUUUAACUGA